AGAACCCAGAAGCCCAGAAACCCGGCGGGGCGGCGGAUCGGGACGAGGGAAGCCGGUUUGGGGCCGGGGGCAGGGACGAAGGCUGCGGGUCGAGGCUCUGGUGCCUCCCUGCCACAUCUUCACGGCGCCCCCUCCAGCCGCCGGGCCGGCCCGGAGCCCCCGUCCUCUCCUUUGGAGCGCAAGAUCCCAGAGCCCUCGCCUGCCUCAGCGCACCAGCACCCUCCCUCCCGCCCUCGCAGCAUGGUCUGGAAGAAACUGGGCUCCGGCAACUUCUCCAGCUGCCCCAAUGGCUCCCAGUGGAUAUGGGACGUGUUUGGUGAAUGUGCCCAGGACGGCUGGGACGAGGCCAGUGUGGGCCUGGGCUUGAUCUCCAUUCUCUGCUUCGCAGCGUCCACUUUCCCGCAGUACAUCAAGGCCUGCAAGACGGGCAACAUGGACCAGGCCCUGUCCCUGUGGUUUCUCCUGGGCUGGAUUGGCGGAGACUCCUGCAACCUCAUCGGCUCUUUCCUUGCUGACCAGCUGCCCCUGCAGACCUACACGGCGGUGUAUUACGUCCUGGCAGACCUGGUGAUGCUGUCCCUUUACUUCCACUACAAGUUUAAGAAUCGCCCCUCUCCGUUGUCUGCCCCCAUCAACUCCUUGCUCUUGUUCACCCUGGGACUGGUGUGUGCCACCCCGCUGCUGAGCAGCACUGCCUCUAUGGCUGCCCCGAGGGAGGGCUUCCAGGGCCGGAAGCUCCUGUCUGUGGAGCCGGGCAAUAAGCCCUUCACUCGGCAGGAGAUCAUUGGUUUUGUCAUCGGCUCCAUCUCCAGCGUACUGUACCUGUUCUCCCGGCUGCCUCAGAUCCACACCAAUUUCCUGCGGAAGUCGACCCAGGGGAUCUCCUACUCGCUGUUCGCCCUGGUGAUGCUGGGGAACACGCUGUACGGACUGAGUGUGCUGCUCAAGAACCCGGAGGAGGGCCAGAGCGAGGGCAGCUACCUGCUGCACCACCUGCCCUGGCUCGUGGGCAGCCUGGGCGUGCUGCUGCUCGACGCCAUCAUCUCCAUACAGUUCCUGGUGUACAGGAACGCCGCCAUGUCCGCAGAGCACCAGCCCCUCCUCCCCGGCUGACCAGGACCCCGGCCAAGCCCAGAUGACCAGGACCGCCAGCUACCACUCAGUCAGUGCUGAGGACCCUGCACGAGGCUGUGGAGGAAGCCAGGGUCGGGGCCUGGUCCUCCUGACCCAGCUGCCUACCCCCACGCCUCCUGGGCUGACUCUUCAGGAGCCAGACGGCCUCAAGGGGAAGAAGGUGGAGAAUCAGGGAUGGGUGGGCAGAGGCCACUGAGAGCUCAUCCCCCAGGGCCUGAGGCAGCUGCCCUGGGAGCUUUGGUGGAGGGGCUGCAGCCGGGCUCACCCCUGAAAAGGCAGGGCAGCUGCCCCUCGCUCACCUACCUCAUUGUGCGCCUCCCCCGGGGAGUGCCCCACCGUGGUCUGGUGUACCCCGACUGUCCUGCGGCCUGCAGCCAGCCCAGUAAACCGUGCUUCCCAGCGAGGCCUGUUCUGUUGCUCCUUCCCAAGAUGCUGGGGUCGGGGCUGCUGUGAACAGCAGUGGAGGGAGAUCUGGGCCCCACCUUCCAGGGCCAGAGGAUCAGCUGUGGGGGAGCCAAGCAGGAGGGGACCGAGUCUGCCGGCUCGCUUCCCGGUGGCCUCUCGUUUCUUCAACCUGCUUCUCGGUGACAGGCUCCACGCCUGGGGG